CAGAAGACAUGGUCAACCAGAGCUCCCCAGUGGGCUUCCUCCUGCUGGGCUUCUCUGAACACCCACACCUGGAAAAGAUUCUCUUCGUGGUUGUCCUGUGUUCCUACCUCCUCACCCUCCUAGGAAACACACUCAUCCUCCUGCUGUCCACCCUGGACCCCAGGCUUCACUCUCCCAUGUACUUCUUCCUCUCUAACCUCUCCUUCCUGGACCUCUGCUUCACCACAACCUGUGUCCCCCAGAUGCUGGUCAACCUCUGGGGUCCCACAAAGACCAUCAGCUUCCUGGGAUGCUCUGUCCAGCUCUUCAUCUUCAUGUCCCUGGGAUCAACAGAGUGCAUCCUGCUGACAGUGAUGGCCUUUGACCGCUAUGUGGCUGUCUGCCAGCCCCUGCACUAUGCCACCAUCAUCCACCCUCGCCUAUGCAGGCAGUUGGCAGCUGUAUCCUGGGCUAUAGGUUUGGUCCAAUCCAUAGUCCAGACACCUCCCACCCUCCGCCUGCCCUUCUGUCCCCAUAGACAGAUAGAUGACUUUUUGUGUGAAGUCCCAUCUCUAAUUCGAUUAUCCUGUGGGGACACCACCUAUAAUGAGAUCCAGAUGGCUGUUGCUAGUAUUUUCAUUGUGGUUGUGCCACUGAGCCUCAUCCUUGUCUCUUAUGGUGCCAUUGCCAGGGCAGUGCUGAGGAUAAGCUCUGCCAAGGGGUGCAGGAAAGCUUUUGGGACCUGUUCCUCUCACCUCAUUGUGGUCACCCUCUUCUACAGCUCAGUCAUUGCUGUCUAUCUGCAGCCCAAAAACCCCUAUGCCCAAGAGAGGGGUAAGUUCUUUGGUCUCUUCUAUGCGGUGGGCACUCCAGCACUCAACCCCCUCAUAUACACCCUGAGGAACAAGGAGGUAAAGAGGGCCUUCUGGAGGCUGCUGGGGAAGGAUGGGGACUCUGAGGAGAGCUGA